AUGGCAGCCAUGGAGGCAAAAAAUGAUACCAAAAAAGUUAGAUUGCCAAAUUUUAGUCAAGCCGAGAUGGUCACACUGACCCAAUACGCAGUGGAAGAACUUUCAAGCCUCAGGGCCAAGUUUGGGCCACUCAUCACCCAUGAGAUUAAGGUUUCACGAUGGGAAGCCAUAGCCAAUGUCAUCAGCUCUCUUGGAGUGCCCCAGAGAAGCUGGGAGAAAGUAAGAGAGAAGUGGAACAAGAUGGUUUCUCAGGCGAAGACCUAUAAUUAUGAGAGAAAGAAGCAUGCAGGAGGCACUGGAGGGGGCCCUGCAUUAAAGAUCGACCCAAUUAAAGAGCGGAUAGCAGAGGCUUUUAAAGAUGAUCCGAGUUUUCAAGGAAUAACUGGAGGCACUGAAAGUGCCAUGCCAGCACCCCCAGCAAAAAACCAGGACAGAAGAGAGGUGGCCCAUUCCCCUGAACCAAGUACUAGUACUGGUAUAAUAUCUGAAUUGGCCCUGGAUGAAAUCAUAGGUCAAGCAAGAAGUGCAUCAAAGAAAGAAAAGGAGACUGUCACAAAAGAAAACAAUGAGACCGCCACUCCAAAGAAGAGGAGCUAUGCUGAUGUUCUUUCUUUACAAUUUGAUGUCCUGCAGACGACCCUGGAGAAUGAAAGGAUGAAAGGGCAGAGACUGAAGGAUGAGAUGGCAGCGGCCAAAGUGAGAAAACUCGCCAGUGAGGAGUUGGAGGCCCUCCAGAAGAAGAAGCUGUUACUCGAAAUUCAAAUAUUGCAGCAGUCUAUUGAGACAGUCUAG